AUGCGGUCCUCCGUUGCCGAGGAUGGCCUGCUGCCCCAGAAAAUGAGCCGAGGCCCGCCAUGCUCACUGAGCGUGCUGUGCGUGGGCAUAGGACUGCCUGAAGACAAUGAUUGGGUUUUGUACGGGCCCGAGGCAGAUAAGACAAUGGGAAUGCGCAAUUUGAUUACGUACGCCCUGGCCCGGGCAUCUGGUCGAUAUGCAGCACGUACCAGGUACUGCGAAGUGUUCCUUGUCGCAGACGGUGGCAAAUUGAGCAAGAGGCACUAUCAUGGCGUCUACAUUCUCGCCGAAAAACUGAAACGCGGGAACGAGCGAAUUGACAUUAAGAAGCGGGAAGGUGACGAUCUGUCAGGUGGAUACAUCUUUAAGUAUGACAACGAUAACAAUGAUCCUGGUGACACUGUAUUCGCGGCUUCUCUAUCUAAUUUGCUCAUGAUUGUGACAUAUCCGAAAUCGAAAGCCAUCAAGGAGAAAGAGGUUUCAUGGAUCAAAAGUUUUGAGGCCGCACUCAUAGCUGAGGAAUUCGAUGAUCCUGUUGAGGGGUAUCUGCCGUUCAUUGACCUACCUAGUUUCGUCGACUACUGGAUUGUGUCCGAGAUCAGCAAGAAUCCAGAUUCUUAUCGUGGAUCCGCCUUCAUGCACAAGGAUCGGGGAGGCCCUUUGAAAAUGGGUCCCGUUUGGGACUACAAUGAAGCCUUCGGGACUUGCUGCGGCUUCCCAAUCGAGGGUUUUCAGAAUAACGGCAGAAGUACCGGUCGCAGUGGGGGGAGUGCCAUUUCGCCCGAGGGUUGGAGAUUCAGCAUAUGCGCAGAGCCCUGGCGCUGCAGAGUGGAUCCACUGGACGGCGUGUCUUUGUGGUACAGAAGGUUGUGGCAGGACCCGUCAUUCCGAGCCAGCGCAGAGGUUAGGUGGACGAGGCUGAGGGCUGGAGCCUUCAGUGACGAACGCGUGAAGGGAAUCAUUGCCGACGCCAGGCUUGGGCUCAAGGACGCUGCCCUUCGCAACUACAAGCGGUGGAAACGCGUUCUGGGGGGCGGCAAUGAUGCCAAGAACGCGAAAAUAUGGCAGGCUGAAGUUGAUGCCCUGGAGACGUGGCUCAUGGAGAGGCUCUUGUGGAUGGACGCACAGCUCCUUGGCGAGCUCCCUUCUCUUGGCGAGAUCCCAGAUUCGAGCGAUGGGGGACAACAUCAACAUCAGCAUGAGCAAGGAGAUGCUAGCGUGGGCUGA